GAAAGUAGAGUGUGGGUUGCAAAUAAAGAAAGCCAUAAUCAUAACCCUUCCUUUCACUUCAUUGCUCUCUGAGCUUCACACGGAAAUGUUGCCACUCACAUUGUUCACACUAUUCACACUCUCUUCCUCAGUCACUUCACACUUCUCCUCUCCUCCCUCUCUAGAAUCUUCUGCUGCGCCCUCCUUCUCCGAGUGGCGAUCCGCGCACGCCACCUACUACGCCGCCGCCGAUCCCCGCGACAAGGUGGGCGGCGCCUGCGGCUACGGCGACCUCGUCAAGGGCGGCUACGGGAUGGCCACGGUCGGCCUCAGCGAGACGCUGUUCGAGCGGGGCCAGAUCUGCGGCGCCUGCUUCGAGCUCCGCUGCGUGGAGGACAUGCGGUGGUGCAUCCCCGGCACCUCCAUCAUCGUCACCGCCACCAACUUCUGCGCCCCCAACUACGGCUUCACCAACGACGGCGGCGGACACUGCAACCCUCCCAAUAAGCACUUCGUUCUCCCCAUCGAGGCCUUCGAGAAGAUCGCCAUUUGGAAAGCCGGAAACAUGCCUGUGCAGUAUCGCAGGAUAAAGUGUAGGAAGGAAGGAGGGAUUCGAUUUACGGUUACUGGUUCUGGAAUCUUCAUUUCAGUGCUGAUUAGCAAUGUUGCUGGCCACGGAGACAUAGUGGCGGUGAAGGUUAAAGGUUCAAGAACUGGUUGGCUUCCAAUGGGUCGCAAUUGGGGGCAAAAUUGGCAUGUAAAUGCGUUGCUGCAAAAUCAACCUCUUUCGUUCGAGGUUACUGCUAGUGAUGGCAAAACGGUUACGUCUUACAAUGUUGCUCCCAAGGAUUGGACCUUUGGACAAACCUUUGAAGGCAAGCAAUUUGAGACUUGAAAGCUUAAUGAAUUGAAGUGGUCUUAUUUCAAGGGACCGUUCUCCUUCCCAAAAAGAAUUUCAGCCCAAUACUGAUAAAAGGUCUACUUGCCGGUGGUUUUCUUUCUACUUUUUGAUUCUUUUGGUUUUGUAGAAGACUGUGUAGAUAGCAAAUGAUUUGGUGGUUUGCAGGGUUGUCAAUGUAACGAUGUACCUUUCCAUUUAUUAUAUUAGAAAAUUUUGGAUAAAAAAAUAUAUAUACCUUGUUGGUCAACCAGCAACAAAGAAAACUUGCAAUGUAAAUGUUUUAAGGCUCUCAUAAGACGUAUCAUCCUACUGAUUUCA